UUUCGUCUCUUUACGACGCCGUUUGAACACGACCCCCUUCUCCUUUUCUAACGCCCGUCAUCGCCUCUGAACUGAAGCAUAAACAGAGAAGCGAGCUCCCCCAUUCUUUCAUAUCCAUGGCGUUGCGAUUAGGGAUGCUAAAAACUGCUGGCGGUAACCAUGGGGCCAUGUUAACUCUCUUGAGGUGGUCCCACAUCGCAGCAAUGCCCUCACCGUUGGAUGGGUCCCUCCACCGCACGAUCGCACCUACACAGAUGGUUUUGCCGGAGUUCGACCCGGGCCCAGAUAACAGCAAUAGCAGAUACAUCAACAACUUAGAGUUUGGAUUCCCGAGUUUCUCUUUUGGUGGAUCCAUGGAACUGAUGGCUGUCCCAAAAAAGAAGGUGUCUCCCCAUAAGAGAGGCAUAAGAAAUGGACCAAAGGCUUUGAAACCAACACCGGUCAUUAUUCGUUGCAGGAGUUGCGGGAGAGUGAAGCUGCCACACUUCUACUGUUGCAGUGGGGAUAGGGGAAAAACUGACGAGCAAAAUAAAUAAGCAAGCAACUAUUAAUUAUUUGUCUGAGUUCAAGACGUAGUUUUUCCUUAUCUAUUGUUGAAACUACAUGCAGUUAUCAGCAAUUUGAAUCGAUGUUCUCUUCGAAUAUCAAUGGCAUAAGGCUUGUACUCUGUUUACCAAUUGCAUUAUGCUACUAUUUUGUUUGUCCCUUUUGUUAAUAUUUUUUCAAGAUUUAUUUUAUGUGAAAGUAUUUUCCCUUUGUCUAA